AAGCCGAAACAUGUUUGCGACCUGGUAAUUUUGAGUGAAAGGUUUUUCGAGCAAAUCUCUUGCCUAGGAUUUUAACUCUUGUUCUUUCUGCUCAAGCGACUUACUUUGCACUGCUGCUCUUCCCAAGACCAUGAGUGACGACGACCCGUGGGACUUCGAUUGGAUUCCAUCCGACGAGGAAGAAGCCGGUGUUCUGCUUCACAGCAUCCGCACCAAGGCCGUCGAGUUCCAAACGAAGCUUCCGUCCGUCAAAGAGAAAUCUGCUGCGUCCGUCGCCGCGAUUCACGAGGCAAACCAGAAACGGCUACAGGCGGACUUCAUCGCCUCGAAAGCACUGGAGGUUGAAGAGCUGCAGGCGGACUUCAUCGCCCUCCUCGCACGUAGCAUUCUCUGUUUCCAUGAAGUUUGAGGCGCCUUAAAAAUCAUCCACGCAU